AAAUUUUGAAAUCAUCAAAAGAAUUGCUUAUGAUGUCAUCCUAGGCUUGUCGUAUCUGAACAGGCGGGAUAUUGUUCACAGAUCAUUAUCUUUAGAGAAUGUCUUACUGGAUGUUACGGUAUUCCUUGCUUAAUUUGUUCAAAUUUUAUGUUCUUCACCCCUUUUUCUUGUGUUUCACUGGAGACAAAUGCAGUAUAUGAAGAAUGUGUAAUGUACAAGUGUACAGUAGUUGAGACCUACAAUACAGUAUCUCUGCCUUGGCUUAGUAAUAGCAAUACACUGUAAAAACUUACCAGUCAUAUUAGCUAGUUGUAUAUAUACAUAUGUGUAAUUUCCCCUAUGGAAAUUACACGUCCCCUAUGGAAAUUGCACGUCCCUAUGGAAAUCAUCGAAAGAUGUUAGGGCUAAUGUUUUAAAUAAAUUUUUAUGUAUGUAUGUAAACUAUGUAAAAGAAGAAAAAAAUAAAUUGAAUAAAAUAAUUUUGACACUUCAAGCAAUGUGCACUCAAAUUUGGCUUGGCAUAAUAUACUGGAUUUUUGGGCUAAAAUUUCCAAAAAAUUGUCUAUUUUAGUUUUACCUAAAAAUGUGGGGACAUUUAUCUCCCCCCCCCUCCCCCACCAAAAUUUCCCCCACUGAUCUACGGUACCAUACGUACUCUAUAUCUCUCAGAGUAUGACUUUUGUAUCAUGUUUCUUUGUUUAUCAAUGUAGGGAAGAGUGAAGUUAUCUCAAUACGGACGUUAUUUUAUGACAAAUCAUGGCACUGCAGCGGAUUUUCCUAUUGGGUAAAAUGUUAUGCUUUUCACCAGACAGUUAGAAACAACAAUUAUUAUAAUUCUCAUCAAUACAUUAAUACUGUGAUAAAGCAUUUCAUUAAUACUGUGAUAAAGUACUGUACGUUAGGUGCUGGUUGUACAAAGCCUAGGCCGGAUAACAUUAUCAACAGAUGUGACUUUUUCAAGCUUUUUAAAAAUUGUCCUUUGACUGUUAUAACCCAGAUUAUACUUUACUAGUAUUUAUAAAUUACAAUUUCUUUUUGUUGAUUGUGAAGUCUAUAUCCAUAAUUUUAAAGCUUUAAUUAUACUAAGCAUCACUAUCCUGUGGACAUCCAACCGAUCCCAGAUCUCAAAAUAACAUUAGGUUUAAGCCGUAUUACGUAAUUAGUAAUUAAUUAUUUAGUGGAGAUUAGUUAUAUCCAAUUAGUUUUAGAAAAAUUUCAACAGCCUAUGAUCAGACCGGAAAACUGUGACCUGGGAAGAUCCUGCUUUGAUGUUACAAUGUAUUGCGCAGUGUUGCUCCUAGUGAAUUAUUUGCUUCGUAACUUCGUUUCUUGUAACUUUGUAUCCUCGUAACUGUAGCGAAACCUAAUUGCUGUUAGGAAAAUAUAAUAUUUAGGAUUCAGUUCUUGCAUGAUAACAGUACAUAACGAUAUUAAACAGAGGAUGUUUUGGGGUCGCUGUUACUGAACGUUGGAAGUUUCUCAGGUAUGUAAAUGUACAGAUUCACCUGAAUAACUCCCAAUGUUCAGUUUAUGAUUCGCAGAGGACAAAUACAAAGUAUGGGCACAGAGAAGAGAUAUAUUUCUUCUCUGUGGUAUGGGGCAUUUACUGUUUGUUGCGUGGGCUCUUGUGUUGCAAAGUUUUGUGUCGCCAGAUUUGUCAGAUGACGCGUAUUCCAUUCAGACCAAACAAGAAUUCGCCAUUCAAAUCAAUAAAACCAUUUUUGUAACUUUGCCAUCCAGGGUAGAAAUCUACACUGUCUUGGUCUUCUUUAAAACAGGUUCAGCCUCCUCCAAAAUUAGUUUAUAUUUUAAAACUGACUUGAAAUGUUCUCAAGCAAUAACGGUCGAUUGUAUAAACACCAUUGUUUGUGUAUACAGUAUCGGUGAUAGUGGCGACAUUGUCACCAAAAUUAUUCCAAAUCAUCAACACGGUCGCCAUACUGGAGCAAGAAAUGAGAAGUUAGAAGCAACUGACGAAGUUUUAUUUAUUUGUUUAUUUAUAUCACUGAGAAAGGCAGGCACACCACAACGGCUGAACGACACCAUUACGAUUAUAUCAAUGUACGUAUCACGUUGCAUUUUAAGCGCACCUUCAACGAAUGAAGACAUCACACUCACCAUACUGGAGUUGGGUGCAACUGAUGACAUUUUCUCAAAUCACAUUUCCAGCAGAUGAACACAUCACCAUACUGGAACUAGGAGCAACAGAUAGACAGCAGACACCCACCAAAUGAAGGCGCCUUCAUUUCCAGGAGGUCUAAGAUUUAGUCUGGAGAGUACUGUCUGUCCAAGACCUCCUACUGAUGAGUACAUCAUGCUGCAGCUACAGUCGAUCCUGAGCUAUGUGUGACAGAUGACGUUUUCUCUAUGUUAUAUUCAAGACCUCCUGCUGAUGAGUACAUCAUGUUGCAGCUACAGUCGGUCCUGAGCUAUGUGCAACAGAUGACGUUUUCUCUAUGUUAUAUUCAAGACCUCCUGCUGAUGAGUACAUCAUGUUGCAGCUACAGUCGGUCCUGAGCUAUGUGCGACAGAUGACGUUUUUUCUAUGUUAUAUCCAAGACCUCCUGCUGAUGAGUACAUCAUGCUGCAGCUACAGUCGGUCCUGAGCUAUGUGUGACAGAUGACGUUUUCUCUAUGUUAUAUUCAAGACCUCCUGCUGAUGAGUACAUCAUGUUGCAGCUACAGUCGGUCCUGAGUUAUGUGCAACAGAUGACGUUUUUUCUAUGUUAUAUCCAAGACCUCCUGCUGAUGAGUACAUCAUGUUGCAGCUACAGUCGGUCCUGAGCUAUGUGCAACAGAUGACGUUUUCUCUAUGUUAUAUCCAAGACCUCCUGCUGAUGAGUACAUCAUGUUGCAGCUACAGUCGGUCCUGAGUUAUGUGCAACAGAUGACGUUUUUUCUAUGUUAUAUCCAAGACCUCCUGCUGAUGAGUACAUCAUGUUGCAGCUACAGUCGGUCCUGAGCUAUGUGUGACAGAUGACGUUUUCUCUAUGUUAUAUUCAAGACCUCCUGCUGAUGAGUACAUCAUGUUGCAGCUACAGUCGGUCCUGAGCUAUGUGCGACAGAUGACGUUUUCUCUAUGUUAUAUUCAAGACCUCCUGCUGAUGAGUACAUCAUGUUGCAGCUACAGUCGGUCCUGAGCUAUGUGUGACAGAUGACGUUUUUUCUAUGUUAUAUCCAGGACCUCCUGCUGAUGAGUACAUCAUGUUGCAGCUACAGUCGGUCCUGAGCUAUGUGUGACAGAUGACUCAAACUAGAUCUAAUCCUUCAACAGAUGAAUACUGGAGCUAGGUAGAACUGAUGACGAUCCCUAGACUGGACCCCAGACAUCCAGCAAAUGAAAACAUCACCUUAAUGGGUUUUCUCAAACUACGUCCCAAACCUCCAACACAAGAUGACAUCGCGGCCACCAUACUAGAUCCCAGUUUUUCAACAGAUGAAGACGUCACGGAUGCCUCAUCUCUUGGAGGUCUAGAAUGUAGUCCAAAGAAACAAUGGUGUUGAACAACUGAUGACGUUUUCUGUAGACUGGAUUCCAGGCUACUUAUAGAAGCUUUGAAUGAAUAUUGCGUGAAAAUCAAGUGGAAUAGUUUACCGUCAUUGUCAAUGAAACCGCAUGAAUUGUUGAAAAUUUCUCCACCAGGGCAACAAUAAAAAAUAUAUAUUGAAACAUUUUAUAAAAAUGGUACCUUCAAUGCUCGUAUACAUUAUUUUUGGAUAUGAAGGCCAGUUUGAAGAAUAUAGUAAGAACGAAAGAGAUUUUCAACGCUGCAUGUAUACAUGCCGUGAAACAAUUACUAGACUUCGUUAUUGGAUAUUUUGUGAAUACACCAUGCAUGAAUCAUAUUUAUUAAUCUGACUUUUCCUCGCGAGUCUAAAUGAAAUGGGUGAACAUUGGAGUUUGAAAUCAGAUGGAAAAUGAGAAGUUGUCUAUUUUCCAUUAUGCUUUUCUGUGAACAGACACUGCAUUUUGUAUAAAUUAAAUCCUGAUUGCUCCAAAACAGUAAACUACACCAACAACUGUGUUUCCAGUACCCGUUCUCCACCCUUAUAUAAUUAGAUGUAAGCCAUUGCGUAUGUUUGCUACAUUUUGAGAUCUUCAGAUAUUAUUAUUAUCCCAUAAAAUUAAAGUUGAAUGUAUAUUUUAGAUCUCCGAGAUACCUUGCCCCAGAAAUCCUGCUACGAGGUCCGCAGUAUUCACUGUUGUCUGGCGCAUCUAGCUCAAAGGUACAUGCAUAUGUAUUGCAGUGUGUAGAAUAUUUUGUGUUGGCAUGCGAGGACUCAUAUUAGUAGGGUUUUUUUCACUAUGAACAGCAGGAGCGUUUACUAGAGACAUUUUACUUUGAGUUUCAAUCUCCAACAACUUGGAAUUGAUUGUUGUUUGUAGAAAAGCUUUGCUUAUCAAUUCUCACCCAUUAUUAAAAUUGAUUAAAAUUUGGUUUAUAUGCAGUUAAUGUAUUUACUAAUUACUUUCUAUUGAUGAUGGUUUCCUUGGAAUUUCAUUUAGGCGGACGUGUGGUCUCUGGGAAUUGUUUUAACUGAGCUUGUUUUG